UUCACAUAAAAAAAUGUUCAGUAAUGCUCCUGGUUGAUGUCUAGCUUUCAGCCUGUACAAGGAUCUUGUCAAAGACUGACAACAAACUGCUUCUCAGAGAAGGAGGAUUACUCUGGAAACCUGCAGAUGAAAAGGAAAAUAGAAAGUCAGCAUGGUGAGCUAACUUGCUUUGAUUCUUCACAUCCCUGCUCUGAAUAAAACUGCUCCUAUUUUCUGUGCAAGGCUGCGUCAACCACAGCUAAAGGAAUCUAUUCACAUAAAAAAAAUUCCAGCAAUGCUCCUGGAUGAUGUCUAGCUCUCAGCUCGUACCAGGCUAUUGCUGUAGAUUGACUGCAAGCUGCGAUUAGGAGAAGGAGAAGUGCUCCGGAAACCUGCAGAUGAAAACAGAAUGUCAGCAUAGUCAGAGGAGGAGGAAGCGCCUGCAACAGCAGCAGCAGCAGCAGCAGCAGCAGCAGCAGCAGCAGCAGCAGCAGCAACGACAAGAUCUGCAGCAAGGGCAGCAGCAGCAGCAGGGGCAGCAGGGGCAGCAGCAGGAGCAGCAGCAGCAGCAGCAGGAGCAGCAGCUCUGCCAGCAGGAGCAGCAGUGCCAGCAGUGCCAGCAACUGCAGCAGCAACUGCAGCAGCAACUGCAGCAGCAGCAGCAGCAGCAGCAGCAGCCGCGUAGGAGGAGAAAAAACAGGAGGAGCCGGAGGAGCAGGAAGAACAAGAGGACCAGGAGGACCAGGAGGACCAGGAACACCAGGAGGAGGCGAAGACGAAAUAAUGAGUGAUUGUGUCUACAUUUACAGAAAGAGUUUGAUGUGGUAGAAAUCUUCCUUGGAGAAAUGUGUACUCAAGGAUUUUUCUCGUGUAGAGUCUCACUGCGCCACCAUCUGAGACUUCAAGUUCAUUACUGAAACCAUGCUUCUUCCCAGCAUCACGAGAAGAUCACUACACAUACAGAUCACCACACUUAGCUGGUGGUAUUGUAAAAUCUCUUCAUUACUGACUUUCAUUUUUGCUUGUGUAUAAAUUUGAAUUGAAAUUUUAUAUUUUCUCAUUUACUACAGGUUUGCUUAAUUCACCUUUAGAUGUAACCAUAUUUUAUUACAUUCCAUGUUUUUUAAAUUUCAAAAGAUAUUUAAGUACUGAAAAAAAUUGUAGUUUUUAUUGGUUAUUUUAUUUGUUUACAUUUUUAGUGUUAUCCACGUUCCUGAUUUCACCUCUGCAAACUGCCUAUUUCAUAGCCAUUCUCCCUGCUUCUAUGACAGUGCUCCCAAACCCACCCACCCAUUUCCCCUUCACUGCCCUAGCAUUUCCUUAUGAUGGGGCAUCAAGUCUCCACAAGACCAAGAGCCUCCCCUCCCACUGAUGUCAGAAAAGCCAAUCCUCUGCUAAAUAAGCAGCUGGAGCUAUGGGUCUUUCUAUGUGAACUCUUUGGUUAGUGGUUCAGUCAGUCCUUGGGAGUUCUGGGGGGUCUGGAUGAUUGAUAUUUUUGUAUAUUAUACUUUUCAUUAUUUAAAACAACAUUUUAAUUCAAAUAUUCAAUGAUAUUAUAUCACUUCCUCAAGUACUUCAUCUCCUUUCCCACUUUCAUGCCAUCAUUAAGCCCUUUGCCAAAAGAAAACAAAAGAAAAUUAAAACAAAAAAAAACCAAAAAACAAAAUAAAAAUCCACAAAACAACAAUAAAAAACAAAAACCUAAUAAAAUCCAAAAGAAAACAAUUCCUUCAAAAUCAGGAAAAUAAAACCACAUUGAAAAAAAAAAUCAAAAAAUAAUCAAAAUACAACAAACAAACUACAAAACCCAAAACAACAACAACAAAAUUAAACUAAACUGUAACCAUGUUAAUGCAUACUCAAAAACUCAGAAAAGUAUGUAGUCAAAUUAUUUGUGGAUCUACUACUGCUGAACCUGACGACCUGUACUGGUUGAUGUAUCUAGUUCAGGAAAACUAGAUUUUUCUUUUUCUAAGUGGUUAUUUGUGAGAGUUCAGUUGUUAACCUUUACUCU